GAAGGGACAUUAAUCAGCUCUUUUGUAUGGGCUGUUUGCACUUUGGGGUUUGGCCUGAAAAGGGGAGAGGAAACAGCUUCAUUGAAGCUCGACUCACUGGGGUUGCAGAAGAGCAGGCACUGCUGGAAUAGAAUCCACUCUCAGUUAAGUUCCAACACGCCAUUCACCAUGCUGAAGAUUAUUACCAUCCUGUUCAGUGUUCUAGGCAGCAGUCAUUUAGUAACUGUGAAGGUUCUAAACCAACGCCUCAAUGUGACUGAUGGAGGGAGCGCCACUCUGCAGUGCACCUAUACAACUAAUAUAGACACAACAACCAAUUUAAACAUUCAGUGGACCUUUCACCAGGCAAACUCACAAAAAACUGAUCAGCCCACACUGUGCCUAAGUGUUGACAGUUCGGACAAGUCUUCCGAGAGCCACUGUCUCAAGACCGUGUAUGGCACUGAUAAACGGGGGAGAUGUAGCUGGAAAAACCAGAUCUAUUACUAUGAAGGUGGACAGUCCUACAGUCUGGGGAGCUUUGAAAACAGGAUCAAAGCAGCAACAUACCCAAACAACGCAACGAUAACCAUCAGCAACAUGCAGCCACCCGACUCCGGUGUCUACAUCUGUGAGGUGAACAACCCACCGGACUUCCAGGGCAACAACCAAGGCUUGUUCUUUGUUUCUGUAUUAGUCGAGCCAUCAAAACCACUUUGUGCCAUCCAUGGGACACCAGAAUCAGGUCACCGGGUAUCCCUGUCCUGUCACUCACAGCAAGGAAACCCCGCCCCUACCUAUACCUGGAGUAAAAUCAAUGAUGGGGUUGCCACAAAACCACUGGGACAAAUGGAUAUCAUAACUGGCAGUAUGACGAUUGGAAAUCUGUCCCAGUUUGAAACCGGUACUUAUCAGUGCAAUGCUUCCAACAGCCAGGGGUUCUCUAUCUGCACAGUGGAGCUCUCUGAAGGUGCACAUGAAGGAGCUAUCGUUGGAGCCGUGAUCGGGGCUGUUGUGAUUGCAGUCAUUAUAGGGACGGUUGUCUGGUUUAUCUCAAGCAAGAAGAAGGGGAAAUAUAACAAGAAUAAAUCCGCUGGUACUGAACUGCAGACAAAAGCUCAAAGCGAUAGUGCUGUGAGGUAUCAAGAUAUCCCCACUGUGGAGACGGCUCCUGUCCAGGCCCAUGCUGUGGAGGUCCAGAAGGAGGAGCCCCGUGUUCUGGGGGAGGAGCAGGAGGAUCUGCAGAACAGUACAUCUGUGGAAGCAUAAGAGGGGCGAGAGGAACAGGGGGCUAUGCAAACCCAGCAGGCCAGCACUGAGGUGAUGCAGGGCGAUUGUAAAAAGCCAGUAGCUUCAAAUGUCAUUUUAUGAGUCUGUUCACCUUUCCCUUCUUUGAAGGAUGUUUGCAAUCAUUUUGAUGAGUUCUAGGUUUUGAUGCUCUAGUAUUGAGUUAUUAGCAUUUGUUCUCUAUAUCUGUCUUUACCUGGCUUGGGACUUGCUUUGAGUCUGUCUGUAAGAUUAUAGCUGCCUAGCACUGAACAGAUCUCAUUCCAGCCAAUAGGGUGAGUAGAUGGGACCAGCCAAGUGGAAGAGUCAUUUUGUCACAUGAGGAAGUUGUUCAGUGUGGGCAAUUGUAAUUCCCAGUCAAGCUCACAGACAGAUACACUCAGAUAUAGGGAAAAUUUAACUCAAUAUUCGAUCUAUGGAACCCAGAAUCACUCACCAUAGUUUCAUAUAUCAUAAAAAAGACAAGGGAACAUUUGAAGCUGCUCGCUCUUUUAUUACUUGAACGUUGGCUGACCGUUUAGCUGUAUGUAUCCUGCAGUUGUUCCCCUCCAUGGGUGAUUUAAAGAGCCUCUCAUUGACAUGACUAAUAGACAGCACAGCCGUGGCCAGCUAUUCACUCACUGCUGAUCUACUGAAGGCUUCAGCAUAUCCGCAAUGAUACAGUGAAACUUUAUAAAACCUGGGACUUCAAUGCAAUGGAUGCUUAGUUCUGUUGGUAACAUGAGCUUCAGCAUGUGACACCUGCUGGUGAAAAAUAGUAUUUCAGAAGUAAUCUGUGAAGUUCCAGUUUUAAAUCAGAUAACUCCUUAUAGUGUUCAAAAUGGGUUAACCAAACCCCUGAGCACAUUGACCCCAGUUACGCUGCAGAUUACAGCGCAUCACACUAUAUCAUUUUUAUAGCUAGCCAUGGCUGCCCUGUAGUUUACUGACUGUUUGCUUUACAGUUGUUUUUUAAGUGUUCUGGUAACAAGCUCUUCCAAUGGUGUUUUAAUUUUAUUUUAUUUACAUUUUUUAAGAUUUCAUAUUCAAUUAAGUUCAAUUAACAGUUAAGAAAAUACUCCAAUAUGAUUAUGCCUGAUUAUGCAUGUUACAAUGUUAUGUUGAUAACAAGGGUGGCUUUGUUUGGGACAGCAUGUUUCACUGUCAUU